UGAGGAGUAAAGGAGCGUGUGGUGCUGCAGCAGCAUCAGCAGUAGUAGAAGCAGGCUGGUCUGGUGAAAUGUGAAUCAGCUGGUUUUAUCCUGAUCUUCAGAUCUUCUCUCUGAUGGGGAAGUUGAGGACGCAGCAGCUCGCUGAGGCGCUGCUGCAGCCGGAUCACUUGAUCUGCUGUUGACGGAUGUUUUUUUUCUGCACAUCGAGCGAAACUCGUGAGAUAAGGAGACAGAAAGACGCUGCGCUCUAACUGCUUCAGUUCUGAGGAGGAAUAAUGGGCCACCGCUCUCUCAGACAUCAGGUGGAGGCUCUGAAGCUCCUCCAUGACCUGAACCAGAGCAGGAUGGUGGGGAAUAACGCUGGAUCUGCUGCUGUGGAGGGAAAUCUGGAGCUCAGGAGAAAUUUACUCAGAAAUAAACCUCAAACUGUUGCCGAGAGAGCGAGAGAAAGCCUGUUCUCACGACUGGUGGAGAUAUUAUCUCAGGUUAUAUCAAUAGAACAAGACUUACUGGCAUCUCUGUCAGAAGAUCUGAGGAGUUUUCUUCUCCGCCACAAGGACAGUGUGGACUUGAAGAACAUUUGUCUGAGAAUGUCUGUCAAUAAAGCUGGCUAUCAGUCAGACAAGGACUUGAGGGAGCUGAGAGUUUGUCUUCAGCUUAUUGUGGACAAUUUACUUUCAGUGCUACGAGAAGAAAACAGUUUGUCUUCCAUUGGCGCUAUUCGAAGGCUUGUGGGCAUCUCCACUACCUUUUUAGACAUGUGAGGAGAUUGUGUGAAGUUUGUUUGCCAACCUGGACUUUCUGUCAUCUGAUGGAUGUGGACCUGAAAGCACAGCUGCCUGCAAACCCGGAGCUAAUUCAGGACACAGGGUUUAACUGAGUAAUGGACAACUCCCAACUACCUCGACUAGUUUGGCAUGUUUUUGGUGCUGACUCUGCUGGAAAAUCCAGCUGAAGACCAGCUUUGGCUGGCAUACUGGGCUUCCAGUCAAAAGCUCAUGCUAUUCAACCAGCUCAGUCGUGCUGGUUGUUUAGCUUGGUUUGGUUGACUGUGAUUAUAGAGCAGCUAAACUAUUCAAAUGCAAACAAAAACCCUAUGCUGAUCAAAAUCUAGGCUGGUUAACCAGCUUGAUCAUCUGGAGGUGGCCAUGCUGUUUUUUGCUGAUGGUUGGCACGUUUCUUGGUGCCAACCAUCAGCUUAAAACAGCAAGGCCAACUCAAGAUAAUCAAGUAGACGGGGCCCAACAGUGCUUAAAAAACUAUGGGACUGCAUGUAUGGUUAAAGAAUCUUCGUCCUUGAUUAAGAUUAACAUUAUGUUAGUAGACUAAAGUCAAUCUUCACCAAUUAAUAUUUUAGAGGGGGUGUGGCUACAACUGAACACUUGAAUACAUGGAAUAGAUGUUUACCUUUGUGUCAUCACAGACAACGAUUUUCAUUUGUCUUUUAGUAUAGUAUCUAAUACUCAACCUAUUGUAAGGGCACCCUUCAGAACACCUGUAGACAUUUAGCCAACAUACUGCCAUUUCUCUUAAAUGAAAGUCCAACCUGUAGAUCCACUGCUAUAUUUGUUUUUGAAUUGUAUGUACAAGAUGCCAAACAUACCUGUAGUGCCUUGUGUUCUUUCUGGGCAGUUCUACUGGUGUAACAGGUUUUGUAAAUAGCUUACUGGGCAAAACACGUAAGUGACUUUUACUGGACUCUGUAUUCCCAACAGGCAGUGCCUGCUUACAUAACAAACACCACCCAGAAAAUGUUUGUGUGACUUCUUCUUCUGUGUAAAACAUAAUUAAGAGUAGUAAUAGCAACUGGUUUUACUUGAUACCACAUUGCCAUCUUACUCCUCAAAAGUUCAAACCUGAUUUAUAAACUCAUCCUCUAAGGCUUGAGCCUGACUUUAAACUAUCUAACAACUUUUCUUUUCUCCCCCCCCCCCCCAAAAAAAAAAAAAAAUCCAGACUCCACAAUCCACAAAAUUGUGAGUCUGAUCAUAAACCAUCUGACAACACAAGAAUAAAUGAUCUACAACUACAUCUUGGGUUUGGUGUAAGCUAAUUCUCUCCAAGACCAGGCUUACAAUCAAAAGACUUUCUAGCAAUUUCAGAUUCUACAGUAUUAGCGGCUGAAUUCAGAUUUAUGAAAAGUUUGAAAAAUAACAGCCUUGAUUGUUUUAUGUAAAUGUGAAGUUUUAGUGAAGCUGUAUAUCUUGGGCAAAAAGAGAAUACUUUUAGUUUAAACUAUCAGGAUAAUUGAAAAAAAUUAUGCUUUGUAAUACAUUACCCAGAUAAUGUACACAAUUACGGAACAAUUAAUCUGGUAGGAAUAUGUUGCGUUUUUUCCUUUUCCUUUAUUUAUUUAUUUUCAUUGGUUGUUUGUAAUGUUUUUUGUGAAUUUUGGAUGUGUCCCAGAUCCAACUCUGGCCAGGAUGAAACUUUCACCAUGAUAGAAGAUGAAAGAAUAAAUUAUUGUUUUCUUUAAAAGUAUUUAAUGCAUGAUGCCAUGCAUACAGCAUACAAACAAACUUUACCAUCAACAUUUUAGCUAGUCGUGCAAACACACAAAGCAGACUGCAACACGUGAAAGUUAAAAAAACAAAACAAAGCACACAUCUCCCAAACUUUUAUUUUGAAGAGUUAAUUGCCCUUUAGAUUGGUGUAAUUUCAUUACUAUACUACUAUAUUACCACUGUAUCUGAGGCAAUAAAAUAUUUAAAAAUUA